UGUGAAUUCGUUCAGCCAAGAAAUCGUGAGUGGGAGUUAUCGGGACCGAUUUGUUGUGCGUUCUGUCCGUCCAUUCGUACCGAUUACCAACCGAAGCCAUGCCCGGAAUAGAGAAGCUGCCGAUAGAGGAGACGCUGGAGGACAGCCCUCAGACUCGCUCUCUGCUGGGAGUGUUUGAGGAGGACACGACAGCGAUGUCCAACUACUGCACACAGCUGUAUGAGGCCAUGCAGAGGAUUUAUGACGCGCAGAAUGAGCUCAGUGCUGCGACUCACCUGACCUCCAGACUGCUGAAGGAGUACGACAAACAGGUCUGCCGAGUCGACAACCAGCCACCAAGCUCAUGAAACUAGACACCAGCCCUACACGCCCACCCCAAUUCUUCCCACUAUUAAACACCAGCCACCCGCCUUUAAACACCUUUAACCUUUAAACCACCAGCCUCAUAACACUAGACACCAGCUCUAUUCCCCAGAGGUCUCAGCUCAACAUUUAACCUCCAUUGCUUUACUCGUUUUCCUCUAGGGGGCGAUGACGAGGUGAUGAGCUCCACCCUGCAGCAGUUUGCAAAAGUCAUUGAUGAGUUGAGUUCCUGCCAUGCCGUUUUGUCCACCCAGCUUGCAGAUGCCAUGAUGUUUCCCAUCACUCAGUUCAAAGAGAGAGACCUGAAGGAGAUCCUCACUCUGAAAGAAGUCUUCCAAAUAUCCAGUGACGACCACGACGUCGCCAUUAACAGAUACAGCCGCCUGUCCAAGAAGAGGGACAACGAUAAGUUGCGGGUGGAGGCCGUGGAGGACGUUUACACCUCCCGCAAGAAACACCACCAGACCAUGAUGCACUACUUCUGCUCGCUGAACACGCUGCAGUACAAGAAGAAGACGGCUCUGCUGGAGCCGCUGCUGGGCUACAUGCAGGCGCAGAUCAGUUUCUUUAAGCUGGGUUCAGAAAAUCUCACCCAGCAGUGGGAGGACUUCCUGGGAACCAUCGGAACCAGUGUCCAGAACGUGCGUCGGGAGAUGGAAGAGGAGGUCGGGCAGAUGCAGGAGACCAUCCAGGAGAUGGAGAGAUCAUGUGACCAACUGUACGCACCGUGUGACCCUGACCCCGCCCACUCGCCGGUCUGCCGCAACCUGACCAGGAAACAGGGCUACCUGCACAUCCGCAGUAAGACGGGGCUGGUGUCUUCGUCCUGGGAGCGUCAGUACUUCUUCACGCAGGGCGGGAACCUGAUGCAGCAGGGCCGCGGCGAGGUGGCGGGCGGGCUGGUCACGGACCUGGACAACAGCUCCGUCAUGGCGGUGGACAGCGACGACCGGCGCUUCUGCUUCCAGGUCACGUCCUUCGACGGCAAGAAAGUGGUGACGCUGCAGUCGGAGAGCAGGAAGGACUGCGAGGAGUGGAUCGCCACCAUCAACAACAUCUCCAAAAGGAUCUACCUGAGUGAGAACGCAGAGGAGCUGGCAGCCAGAGUGAACCAAUCGGCUCUCGAGGCCGUGACGCCGUCGCCGUCCUUCCAGCAGAGACAUGAGAGCAUGAGGCCCAGCAGUAAGGGGCGCGCGGGCCGAGCGAGCAGCAUCAGCUCUGUGGGCUCCGAGCCGUCGCCGGCCCUCUCUGUGCUCUCAUUGGAUGCCCUGGUUGCCCCGGACACGCCCAUCCAGUUUGACAUCAUAUCACUCUUCAGCGAGGAGAACGCCGGACAGAACAAGACGGCCCAGUCCGGCAGAAGGAGUAAUCCAUUUGGAGAGACGGGAGACAGCACACCAGAAGACAGUGAAGACUCGAUCCUCCACCAGCUCUUCAUCGUUCGCUUCCUGGGCUCCAUGGAGGUGAGGACCGCCGAGACGGCAGACGUCAUCCCUGAGACCAUGAGGCAGAUCCUGGCAGCCAGGGCCAUCCACAACAUCUUCAGGAUGACCGAGUCGCACCUGCUGGUCACCUGCGACUGCCUCAAACUCAUUGAUCCUCAAACACAAGUCACUCGACUCCGGUUCCCCCUCACCAGUGUGGUUCAGUGCUCGUCCCACCAGGACAACCGCAGGCUGUUCGGUUUCGUCCUGCAGCCGGCGGGCGGGCAGGGCGACGGCCGAGCCGUCUGCUACAUCUUUGAGUCCAACAACGACGGAGAGAAAAUCUGCGACAGCGUCGGUCUGGCCAAGCAGAUAGCCUUCCACUCCGAGAUGGACCGUAAGGCCGUGGAGAAGAGGAAGGAGCAUGACAAGGCUAAAGAGAGGCAGCAGGAGGAACUGAGCAAACAGAAGCAGAUAGAGAAGGAUCUGGAGGAGCAGAGCCGCUUGAUCGCCGCCUCCAGUCGCCCCGGCAACCAACCCGCCGCCGACGGCCAGGUGCUGGUGCUUAGCAACAGCCAUUCGGAGGACAGCGAUGCCGGGGAGGAGGGGAAGAAGAGGGGGGAGUCGGAGGCCUGACGGAGGUCGACGGAGGACACGUCCGAGUACCGACUCCCAAGCUCCGGAGUCAGAGGAGCGGGUGGGGCGGGCGGGUGGUGUCACCGGCUGGACUCUGUGAGCGGAGAGGAUAAACUAAACGCACCCUCGCUAUAUGAGGAGGAGGGCAGCAUGGAAACGUCACAGACUUUCCUGUGUAAAAACAAAACACUGCUUUUGAUACCGUCUCUCCAGAAGAGGAUCCAGGUAUAGUUUUAACCCGCAAGUUUGUGUUCUGUUUUUAAUGUUUUGUUUUAUAUAAAGCGCUAACGGCAACGGCGGUGGAGAGCAGCGAGUGCUGAAUGAAUGAGGAACAUCUGACAGUCAGUCACAUUCUUUCUAGAACCCAGAAGACACAGAACCAACAGAGGAAGAGGGAGUCUUAUUUUGAAAAGUACUUCCUGGUGUUUUUUUAUCAUUUAUCAUUCAACUAACAAAAAAAAAACAAGCAUCAUGGAUUCAGCGUUGGGUCUUUUUCAUCAUUCAAUCAUUCUUUAUAUUCUUUAAAGUCUCGAUCGACCAAACAGAAAAAGUUGGAUGUACAAACCAAUCGAUUAAUCGAUAAAACGAUCAUGUCGUCAUGUUUCCGUGGUCGCUGCCAGGUGAUUAUUGCGGUUCAUUAACGGCUAACUAAGAACAUCUGGAUGAUAAGCAGGUUACAAAUGGGCUAAAUUUGGUUUAAAUACAACUUCUGAAAUCCCCGCCACCGAUUUAUUAUUCCAUAUUUGUUGAUUUAUUGGAUAUUUGUUCUCCGUCCGUUUGUAUGCAACGUGUGUGUCUGUCUGCCUGCGUGUUUGUUUGUGUGUGUGUGUUUGUUGUCGGGAAGAAAAAUCCAUAAUAUAAAAAUUAUAUUAUGGAUUCACAUCAAGAUUUUAAUUCCACAUAUCUGAAACUUCUGCCUCCUACUAAAUAAAUAGCUGCAUGCAAGUAGUGCUCAUUAAAAAGCUAAUAGCUAUAAUCAUAUAUUUUAUAUCGUAUUCCUUCUUGGUCCAUUAAGGUAAAGAAAAGCACAAAUCGGAUCAAUGAUCUCUUUACUUUUGCCUUAUUUGUUGACUGUUGACUGACAUUUUGAAAACUGAAAACAGAGAAAAAGGUUUGGUCUUUUCUAAAUAAAAUGACUUAAAAAAAUGUACUUUUAACACUAACGUUAAAUAAUGUGCUGAGUCGGCGUGUUUCUCCUGACAUCUGAAAAUUGAUCUUUUACAAAACAAUGUUUAUCGCCCUCAUUGGUUUCUGUUCUUCACAGCUUUUAUUCAUUAAUCUGACUUUUAUCUGUAGAAAAAAGGUCAGGAUGUUAAAGGUCAGAGGUCACAGCCCUCUGGAGAUGUAAGCAUAAAUUGACAGUUAAUAAUGAAUUUUUAUUUUGGGGGAGAAGUGAAGCAACACUUUACUGACGAAGUGAUAAUUGUUUGUGUCAUAAGCGGAAAUAAAAAAAAUCUUCUCUGUGAUAAAUAAAAGCACUAACUCCA